AUGGCAAUCUCUUCUCCUCCAGCUGAUCCCCCUCCGGUAUGGGUUCGAGCCGGUGACCCAGCUGGUGGACCUUUCUACAUUCUCGUUUCCAAUCUGCCUGACCAAACCGACGCUCGAGAAUUUCGUAACUUUGUGUUUUCUCUACUUCAUAAGAAGUCAGAGGUUUUUGUUGGCAUCCAGGGCGAACAGAAGAACAAGGGCUGGGUGCGGAUUAUCGGCUUUAGCCAGUUCGAGAAUUGCAAGAGAUGGCUGGCAACUACUUACUACAGGGGUCGUCCCAUCAAGGUCGAUGACCCUGGAUACAGAACUGGUGGCACAGGAGCCGUGCAGAUAGUCAAGCCGUUCGACCGUGAUCGGGACUUGAUCGUUACCCACGAAGAUGCGCUGGCUCUCAAUAAACCCCCUGGUGUGCCGGCCCCGGCACGUAACUACACGUUGGAGUCAGCAGCUUGGGGGUACCAAGCCGCAGCAGUUCCUCGCAAUGCCGGGGCCAUGAUGCAGCCGGGGCCGUAUGGGGUAGCCAGCUGGAUGGGACAGUCGCAACCGCAGCAACACCCCCAACACCAGCACCUUCAGGCGCAACUGAACCCCCAACAACAGCCAGUCACCUCGAUGACAGCAACCUGGGGGCAGCAGGCUCAAGUUGCCCUGUAUCAUGGGCAGCCUCAAGUAGCUCAUGCGGCACAACCUCAACCAGCCCAAUCGGGGUAUUAUUCCCAACAAGCCCUUCAAGGUCAUCUACAAGCCUGGUCACACCCGCAGCAGCAGCAACAACUACAACAACAACAACAAAGCCCUAUCUCUCUAGAAGCCCAAGCAGCUUUUCAACUACAACAAGCAGCCUGGUCUCAACCGCAUCUCUACGCCGUCCCAUCCAUUCCUCAGCCGUACUUCCAGCCCGUCCAACCAGGUAUGGUAGCCGGUAUGCCAUACUGGGGAUUCCCGCAGAUGCCGGCCUACUAUGGUCCUCAGGCACAACAACCGGCAUCGAACGAAGCUGCCCAGGCUCAAGCCCAGGCACAGGCUCAUGCGCAAUGGGUAUACCAGCAGCAGCAAUUUCAGAUGGCUUAUGCCGGGAUGUUCCAGGCUGCUCAACAGCAGCAGCAGGUUCAGCAUUCUCAGACCAUGUAGAGAGCCCACGCACGUUCAAAGUCAGUCUUUAUGAGACACCUUGCCAUACAUGGCCUUCCGAUGCCCGAACCUCUCCGCACAAAGCACAUAUCAGCAAUCAGACAAAAAUAUAUCCCCCAACAUGCACACAACCCACCCCCCUCAUGCUCGACAUCUCUUUAUCCCCCUCUCUUCUUUAACUUCCUUUCUGUUCGGUUUAACCAAAAAAAAAAAUUAAAAAUAAAUGGUGUUUCCUUUUCUCAAGGGGGGGGGUCACCGGAAUCGCAAUCAGGUAAAACAACAGGGGCAAAUUCUUCUAGGGACAAGAAGGCAAUGGCAAAAUGACACACUAGGUUAGGUAGUUUAGGCGUUUCUUUCUUUUUUUUCUUUACCUUCCUUUUUUUCUCUCUUUUUUUUCUUUCCUUUUUCUUUCCUUUUUUUUCCCCCUUUCUUUCUUUUCCUUUUUCCCCCCCC